UGAAUUUUUCUCCAAGAUUUUGACAACAGCCGGAAAAUUUAAGCGCAACAAGAUGAAGCUGAAUCUAUUUGUGUGCGUUUUGGUAAUAUCAAUCGCUGCGAUAAAUGCUCAGGAAGAAGCAAUAAAUAUCUGUGAAAAAGUAGCCGACUUUAUAUUUCUAGCUAAUAUGAAUGAUUGCUCAUCGUAUUACAUAUGUGUAAACGAAACACCUAUAGCCCAAAAAUGUGACAAUAAUCUAUAUUUCGAUGGCAAAGCACAAAGCUGCACACAUUCAUCUACCAAUUGCAUUAAUUGCUUAGCAUCAACUCUAAGCUACUAUCCACUAUAUAAAACGUGUGAUAAGUAUAUAAUGUGUUUCGCUGGACAACCGAUUCUCAGAAAGUGCUAUGAUAAUUUACAAUUCAGCGAAACUGAUUUGAACUGUAAUUUGGCUAGUAAAGUCGAUUGUGUGGAAAAUAACUGUCCAGUACAGAACGAUAUACCCACAGUCGUCUAUGUGCCAAGCUACGCCGAUUGCAACAAAUACUACGUUUGCAUGACCGGACAACCAAUUGCACAGAACUGUGCUACCGGGUUAUCAUUUAAUCCUACCUGCAAUUGUUGCGACCUUGCCGCCAAUGUGGCUUGCACUAACCCAAAAAGUAUUAGCAUGCGUUCAAUUGCGAUGUCUGAAAAUAUACCGGCACAGAAGGCUAAUAUCGACUGCCCUGAAGAGGGAAUUCACUUUUAUCCACAUGUACGCUCUACUAAGUACUACGUGUGUGCUAAUGGUCAUGGGGCUCUGCUCACCUGUAAUCAUGGGCUUUUCUAUGACUCCAAAACAACAACAUGUCGCGAGCUCAGAAACAUUUUACUUCAAUAAAAAAAAAUCAUUUUUAAUGUAUUUUAUUACACUACUCCUACUUUUUAAUUGGUGUUUGGUUAUUUUAAAUUAAUAUUGUAAUAAUAUUAAUGGAAUAAAAAAAUUAA